CCUUGCGGCCUCGAUACCUCGAUGCCUCGAGGACAAACGUCACGCGUUAAGCGUCAACAGUUCAAAACUUUGUUCCAUUGUCCACUGUUCCUCGAGGUUCAUCAGAAGUGCUCUUUAAAGCCGAGCUAUUCUGACUCUUGAACGUGGUCAAUACGAAAACUCCUUUGGCCUUUCAAGAAUUCCAAAGUGAAUGACAGGAUAACUGGCUGCCACUGGCUGCCAGGGCACAACUGGUUUUGUAUCCAGCAGAAGUAGGCCAAGUGCUGCAAGAAUAGAACAUGGAACGAGAUAUUGCAGGCCAUGGCUCCAAGCCACUGAUGCAGAAGGCUCAGGAAGAAGAUACACCCCGAGACUCUCUCAGACAACGGAGAAUCUCACAAGGAGUUCAUCUCAAAGGAGCACGCCACAAAGUAUUCCACUUCGGAGGCCCAUGAUCACCAUUUGAUAGGUAAUCUAUCACAAGAGAAUGCCAGCAAAAACGGCGUUGACUGUACAAACGAGACAGAGCAAGAACGUACUGGUAAAGUCUAUAGUUCAUGUCAGCAUAUCGAGCCCAAUGCCCAUCACCGGCAUGAAAAACUCACGGAUGGUCCUUCAAGUUUCCCAAUUCUGGGGCAGAGGCAGAGGCAGAAGCUAGGCUUCUGUUCAUCUUCUCAAGGCCCUCAUCAUGCUUCGAAGCUGGCGACAGGGUUGAUGGAGUACCAUCUGGCUACAAUUCAAUCAGCAGGCUGCCAAGGUAGUAUUGAUGAAGAACCUGCUAAUCAGCUCCAGCUAGCACCGAUCAAUGGGAGUAUUCCUAGUAUUUGCCCCACGGAUGGCAGAGCCAUGCCAAGGUCAUCUAGGCCUUCACAGGAUACAGUACCUCAGAUACAAAAGCCAAAGGGCAGCGAUGUUAACCUCCUGUGUAACAGGGAGUGCAUCGCUCUCACCGACCAACCUGUUGCCACCAAGCAUUUGGCAUCACGGCAGGCAGAUGAUCUCCCAGAUGGAGGUAUUGGAGAUAGGGGCAAAGAACUUACUGUAUCAAGGGGAUCCAAGGUCGAGAUGGUCGCGAAGCUCUCAGCAUCGGAGUCUAGCUGUUCCACUCCAGACAUUGGGAACAUGGCUGAUGGAAAGGCAACUAUAAAUGUGUCAGCCUCCGAGCGGCUGCAAGAUGAGAAGUCGCAGGAUGAGAAGUUGCAAUAUGAACAGCCGCAGGACAAUAUUCAUACCUCGUGCCAAGUGUCUUUGUCUUUGGUUGAACAGGGGACGCAGAUGGCAAGUGGUGUUUCUUGUGGAGUUGGAUCACCAAAGGCUGAGGGUGUCGAAGCGAGCUUAUACAGCCCUAUUUACAAGUCACCAAAUGCUUCUUCCCAGGUAAACACAACGAUAGCAGCUACGAUAAGGAAUAUACCAGCACCAGAACACAUUUCAGCAACACAUCAACACAGAUCUCUAUCUACUCUUUACUCUUCUCAGCCACAGUUACUUGCUUGGAGAUCUUAUAUAGCGACCGCUCCUUUGACUUCUCCUGAGGUGAGGAAGAUUCAACAGCUCAUGCUCGCCGCAAUGGAUGGGGAGAUCGAGCUGGGGGGAAACCCUAACUUGGAUGCACAACUUGAUGCUAUAUAUAGCAGAAUGUUGGUUGAUGAGCAAUUUCUAAAGGGGGUACUUUCUUUCAGUGUAUCAAAGCUGGGAUACCGUCUCGUCACAACAAAUGCCACCAGUUCCCGAACCCAGAGCUCUCGUCUAGGAGGCAAUGCUACUGCUUCUAAGGAUUCUGGUCCUAAAUUCAAUAUAAAGACCUGCACACUUGAAGAGCUCAAGGAAGAAUAUAUCACAGGCAAAGCCGUGGCCAAAAAGGAGCACCAACGCCUAUCGGCUUCUCUUUCCAAGCGCAGCAGCCUGGAAGAGGAUAUAAAGGUAUUGAAAGAGCAGCGAGACAACUGGAAAAAAAUCUCCUCAUCAGUCGCAGGUGCUACAGCGGUGGAAAACCGGAGUGGGAAAUGGCUGUGCACCUCCUGUGGUCUCCUAAAUGAUUCCUGGGCAGAUCUGACAGAGUGGGCUCCUGGGAAGGUACCAAAGGAUGCGAAACCUGCUCCAGAGGAAGCUGGGGUUCCUGAGAGCAAGAAGAGCACCUGGGUACAAACUAAAUACUGCAGGCAUUGUGGUCUCCAUAAGUCCGUCGGCCGACCUAAGGGAGGCAGCAUCACAGACUUCGACGACGAAUUCAGAGGUCUUUGCGAGGAUAUAAAGUCUGGAUUGAACGCUUCCGGACAUGGAGUUCCAACCAAUAAAAGCUUUCAGAUUCAACUUGUUGAUUUUCGGCCUGCAGCUCCUGCUGCUCAAUCACCACAGGUGCCAUGUGCAAACCAACAUGCGGCCAACAUACAACAAGGCCAAAGCAAUGCCAGCAAUUCUUCCCCACAAUAUUUGCCCAGCGUCAAUGGCACAGUUGCAAACCAACACCGUCUACCAAACAUCAAUGGCGCGGUUCCCAACCAACAACAUCUGGCCGACGGCAAUGGCACAGUUGCAAACCAACACUGUUUUCCAAAUACCAAUGACACGGUUCCCAAUCAACAAAAUUUUCCAAGCGGCAAUGGCACAACUGUAGUGCAGCAGCAUUUUCCCACUGGCAAUGGCACAAUUGGAGGGCAGCAGUAUCUUCCCGCAAGCAAUGGCAUGGUUAAGGAUCAACAGUAUUCCCCCAGCGGCAAUAGCACCAUUUCAGGCCAACAAGGCCCCACCAACGGCAGUGGCACGGUUACCGACCAACAGGGUACCCCCAGACUCACUGGAACAAAUGAAGGCCAAAACUAUUUUCCUAUCGCCAAUGGCUCAGUCGCUGGUCAACAGCUUUCCCCUGGUACUACUGGAACAAAUUUUGAACAAGAAUUGGAGCCUACCAGCUAUGGCAUAAUCGCUGACCCGGCAGACGUCAUUGGUUCAUUUAUAUCCCAAUUUGGUGGCGAAGAUCUGUUCGACGACUUCGACUUCGACUUCGACGCCGUGUCCGACUUUCCCUUUGACAGCCAAGACCCAUUUUCAAUGGCGGAUUGGUACGGGUUGCAUUCAAACACGGCCGUUGUGACGAGUGCAGCAUCAGGAACACCAAACGCCUGGUCCCCAGGCCAGACAACUCUCUCGUCUGCAGCUGUCACACCAUCCAGCGUUGGGAACUCAGUCCAAUUCUCGAUCGAGAUCGACGAUGGUGAUGUACCCCCUAUCUCUCAAGAAGAUAUAAAGGUCCACAACAGUAUUCGCAUUGACCAACCAGCCACCAAAGCACCUUCUAAACCGAAAAGCAAGGCCCAGAACAGGAUUACAAAGCCGGGCGUUAAAUACGACAUGCGCGGCAACCAGAUCGGCCCAUCUACCUUGCCAACAUUCAGAUACCACAAGCCGACGGCUCCUCGCACUGCUAAGGUGGGAGCUCUCACGUUCCCUGCCAGCGCUGCGCCAGCGAAUGCUGCGCCUCAGGCUACUCAACACCCUAACGGUGGCUGA